UCUGGUUUUGUCGUGCAUAUCCCUCUUGAGUUCUGAAAGCAACAGAGAUGGAUUUUCAUGGCGAAACUUAAAAUGGAAGGGAGAAAUUUGGUGGGUACUGGGGUUUCGAAUAAAGAAAUGGUCCUCAGGCAUUAAUGGAAAUUGUUUUUGGAAAUGGUGGUUCUGGCGUCGGAGCAGAUUUCUUUCUCGUAAUUCCUAUGGGUUUGGGUUUGGGUUCGUGAAGGUUGUUGAAGGAUCGGUGGUUGAUAUCGAUUUCAAUUUGUCCGAGAUUGGUUUUUUUAUCGGUUUUGUCCGUAGAUGGCAGCGGGUUGGGAGACAUUGGUGGAUUAAUGACUGAAGCUUGUAUUCUGAAAUUUCUAGGGUUCAUGCCAUUUUUUUUGAAGCAUUUGGUGACCUUGUACAAUGUUGCUGAAUGUAGUAGUUUCUGUUGGUUGGUAAAGUUGGAGCCUUUUGAAUUUACAAAGGCUUUCUACCUGGUUCUUCCUUUUUUUGGGUCGUUUUCUAUAACGCUUUUACUGAAUUUGUAGCUCCAUUGAUAGGUUGGUCUGGUGGGUCCCUUUAAAGAACUAGAGUUUCUCAGUUGGGUGUGGCUUUUCGAGUUUUUCUGUUUGUGGGUUCAGUUAAUUUUUGAUUUUUUUUUUUAAAGUAUGGUUUACAACUAGAGAGAAUGAUUUGAAGGGGUUUCAGAUACCUGUGAGGAACUGGAGGUUCUCUUUCGAUAACUUAAGAUGAGGAGAUCCAAGGGCGACCCUCCUGCUGGGAGGAGAUUCAAGUUGUCUCAUCUUCUGUUGGUUGUAGGGGCAUUAUACUUGCUUUUUAUGUCCCUCAAGCUUCCUCAUUUCUUGGAGAUUGCAACUGUGUUGAGCGGGGAUGACAGUUUUGUUGGGAUGGAUCGAUUGACAGAAGCUGAGGAAGGUGGGGAUAUAAGCAAGCCCCUCUUUAGUUCAGUUUACAAGGAUACUUUUCAUAGGAAAUUGGAAGAUGAUCAAUACAAUGCUGCACCACAAAUGCCUAGGAAGGAACCAUUUCGAGAGCAACAGGGUAAGUCCCUGUCUAUCAAGCCUCUUCAGUAUCACUUUGGUCGGAUAACAGGGGAAAUUAUGAGGAGAAGGAAUAAAACAAUGGAUCUCUCUGUGCUAGAAAGAAUGGCAGAUGAGGCAUGGACAUUGGGCCAGAAGGCAUGGGAAGAGAUUGAGAAUUUUGAUUCAGAGGAAACGAAUCAGAGCUCUUUGGUUGAAGCAAACCCUGAGCCAUGCCCUUCAUCAGUAUCAGUGAGUGGAGAAGAACUUGGUAAUGGAGAACAUGUCAUGUUUCUUCCUUGUGGUCUUGCUGCAGGCUCUUCUAUAACGGUGGUUGGGACACCUCAUAAUGCUCAUGAGGAGUUUUUGCCUCAGCUAGCAAGGUUGAAGCAUGGAAAUCCUAGGGUCUUCAUUUCACAAUUUAUGGUUGAAUUGCAAGGGCUGAAAACAGUUGAUGGAGAGGAUCCACCAAAGAUUCUUCAUUUGAAUCCUCGAUUGAAAGGUGACUGGAGCCAUCGACCAGUCAUCGAGCACAAUACAUGUUAUAGGAUGAAGUGGGGAACAGCUCAGAGGUGCAAUGGAUUGCCAUUCAAGAAUGAUGAUGACAUGCUGGUUGAUGGAUUUGGAAGAUGUGAGAGAUGGAUGCGGAAUGAUAUUGUAGAUCCAAAAGAGUCCAAGACAACAUCAUGGUUCAAACGAUUCAUAGGACGUCCCCAGAAGCCAGAAGUGACAUGGCCAUUUCCUUUUGUGGAGGGAAGAUUGUUUAUCCUGACCAUACAAGCUGGUUUGGAAGGAUACCACAUCAAUGUUGGUGGUCGACAUGUGACUUCUUUCCCUUAUCGUAUGGGGUUUACUCUUGAAGAUGCAACAGGAUUAGUAAUUAAAGGUGAUGUUGAUGUGCAUUCUGUGCAUGCAACAUCUCUUCCCAGUUCUCAUCCUAGUGUCUCACCCCGGCAAAUCUUGGAGAUGUCAGAAAAGUGGAGAGCUCCUCCUUUGCCAAGCACUCCUGUUCAACUUUUUAUUGGGAUUCUCUCUGCUACAAAUCACUUUGCAGAGCGUAUGGCAGUUAGAAAGACCUGGAUGCAAUCUUCUGCAUUCAAGUCUUCAAAAGUGGUGGCUCGUUUCUUUGUGGCAUUGAAUCCAAGGAAGGAGGUGAAUGCAGUGCUAAAGAAAGAGGCAGCUUACUUCAGUGAUAUUGUGAUUCUGCCAUUUAUGGAUCGCUACGAACUUGUGGUUCUUAAAACAAUUGCCAUCUGUGAGUUUGGGGUUCGCAAUUUGACUGCUGCUUAUGUCAUGAAAUGUGAUGAUGACACAUUUGUUAGGGUGGAUACUGUAUUAACAGAAAUUCAGGGAAUCUCCCAGAAGAAGUCCCUUUAUAUGGGCAAUCUCAAUCUCUUGCACAGGCCUCUCAGAAGUGGAAAAUGGGCGGUCACUUAUGAGGAAUGGCCGGAAGAAGUAUAUCCUCCUUAUGCCAACGGACCUGGAUACAUUAUUUCAAUCGACAUUGCCAGAUUUAUUGUUGCUCAACAUACCAAUCAUAGCCUAAGGCUGUUCAAGAUGGAAGACGUGAGCAUGGGAAUGUGGGUUGAGCAAUUCAACGGUACAAAGUUUGUCCAAUACUCCCACAAUUGGAAAUUUUGUCAAUAUGGGUGCAUGCCAGAUUAUUAUACUGCACAUUAUCAGUCACCGAGGCAGAUGAUCUGUUUGUGGGACAAGUUGGCAAGAGGUCGGGCUCACUGCUGCAAUUUUAGAUGACAUUCAACAGCUUUGAUCAUUGAAGAGAUCUUGUAGCCCUCCCCCUCAUUUCUUCCCACCGUUUUCCCCUCAAUUUUUUUGGCGCGUUGUAAUAUUUCAUGCAAUUUUGGUCUGCUUCUGGGUCUUUACGUGUUGAUCGGUCACUGCAUUUACUUGGAAGAGUGUUUAGGUCAUGGCCACAGUCCCUGCAUGUGGCUCAAUUGCAACUGAGGCCAUUGUAAAAGUAUAUUGUAUAUGGUCUUAGGAGGUUGACGUUUUGAUGUAACACUGUAAGAGAGAGAGAGAGAGCCGUUCUAUUAUGAUCAUCUUUGUGCUGAUUACCCAAUGUUGUAAGUAUACACGAAUCACGAUAUAGGCCUACCCCUUAGGCCUUUA